CCAAGGUGGCUCCUAUAUCUCCGUCUCCUACACGUGUGUCUACUGUGGCGGGAACGUGGAGACUGCUGCUUCGCAAACAGAAGUAUUAGUUAGUUCAAUUCACAACAGUUACUGAUAAUCAACGAUAACGUCUUUCUCUUUUGCCACGAGUCUUCGCAUUGCCACUAUGAAGUACAUCCUGGUUACCGGUGGUGUUAUAUCUGGUAUUGGAAAGGGCAUCAUUGCCAGCAGCGUGGGAACAAUCCUUAAGUCGUGCGGCCUUCAUGUCACAGCCAUCAAAAUUGAUCCAUACAUCAAUAUUGAUGCUGGCACCUUUUCGCCAUAUGAACACGGAGAAGUUUUUGUUCUCGAUGAUGGCGGGGAGGUGGAUCUGGACUUGGGGAACUAUGAGCGUUUCCUAGACAUCCGUCUCACCAAAGACAACAACCUCACCACUGGAAAGAUCUACCAGUCGGUCAUCAACAAGGAGAGGAGGGGAGACUACCUGGGCAAGACUGUACAAGUGGUACCCCACAUCACAGAUGCCAUCCAGGAGUGGGUGAUGAAGCAGGCCAGGAUCUCAGUAGACGAUGAUGGUGUAGAGCCUCAAGUUUGUGUCAUUGAGCUGGGAGGCACAGUGGGGGACAUUGAGAGCAUGCCCUUCAUCGAGGCCUUCAGACAGUUCCAGUUCAAGGUGAAGAGGGAGAACUUCUGCAACAUCCAUGUCAGCCUGGUACCACAGCCCAACACCACAGGAGAGCAGAAAACCAAACCAACCCAGAACAGUGUGCGAGAACUCAGGGGGCUGGGCUUGUCUCCAGACUUGAUUAUGUGCCGCUGUUCAUCGCCACUAGAAACGUCCGUCAAGGAGAAGAUCUCCAUGUUUUGUCAUGUAGAGCCCACACAGGUGAUCUGUGUCCAUGACGUCAACUCGGUCUACAGAGUGCCCCUGCUGCUGGAGGACCAGGGUGUCGUGGGCUACUUCUGUCAGCGGCUGAGCCUGCCCAUCGAGGUGAGGCCCAGGAGGAUGCUCACCAAGUGGAAGGAGAUGGCUGACAGAUCUGCUCGUCUCUUGGAGCAUGUCUCGAUAGCCUUGGUGGGGAAAUACACAAAGUUAUCAGACUCCUACACCUCCGUUAUCAAGGCCCUAGAGCACUCCGCCCUCGCAGUUAACCACAAACUAGAGGUCAAGUACAUAGACUCUGCAGACCUAGAGGCUACCACUAUGCAAGAUGAUCCCGUGAAAUACCAUGAGGCCUGGCAUAAACUCUGCAGUUCUAAUGGUGUGUUGGUACCAGGAGGAUUUGGUGUGAGAGGGACAGAAGGCAAGAUGCACGCUAUUAACUGGGCGAGGAAACAGAAUAAGCCUUUCCUGGGAGUAUGUUUGGGCAUGCAGCUGGCAGUGUGCGAGUUCGCCCGCAAUGUUCUCGGAUGGGAAGAUGCCAACUCGACAGAAUUCAAUCCAGAAUCCACUCACCCUGUGGUGAUUGACAUGCCAGAGCACAACCCAGGGCAGAUGGGUGGGACUAUGAGGUUGGGGAAGAGGCGGACUAUUUUCAAAUCCAGCACAAGUGUACUGAGAAAACUGUACGGAGGAGUGGAAUAUGUCGAUGAGAGGCACAGGCACAGAUUUGAGGUGAACCCUGAGCUGAAGCACCACUUUGAAAAAAAGGGUCUUCAGUUUGUCGGCCAGGAUGUGGAAGGAGAGAGAAUGGAGGUCAUUGAAUUGGAGGAUCAUUGUUACUUUGUCGGAGUGCAGUACCAUCCCGAGUUCACCUCCAGACCCAUCAAACCUUCUCCUCCAUACUUUGGUCUCCUGCUGGCUGCUGCAGGAAAACUCCAGGGCUACCUGGCGAAGGGCUGUCGACUCUCUCCACGGGACACUUACAGCGACCGCAGUGGCGGCAGUUCUCCUGAAGCCGACAUCUCUGAGCUGAAGUUCCCCUCUUUGUCCUGAGACUAAAGCCCAUGUUACUGUUGUUUGUGUGUCACUCGUGUAGAUAAAUUCGAGGCCCAGAAAAAAAGGCACGUCUGCUCUCAACUAAUGCUGCAAAACCGUUUGUACACAUUUUUAUGGGUAAAAUUUGUUCUAAUGGUAACAAUUUAUACUCUAAAUAUAUUGAGUCUUCACUGACCGUAUAAAGGGAAAGGGAUGUCUUGCUGUGAACUUUCUUGUGGUUUUGAGUUGUUGCAGUCAGGAGAAGCUAGGACAAAAUGUUUAUGGGGAAUUUUAAGGAGGACAUGUUGGAUUAACUUUACAGAAAACCUCUGUAGGAAUGAAGAGAAUGAGAUGUGAAUCAACCUGUCAGUACAGAGGGUUGUGCAAUUUUUGCAACUUAAGAUCAUUAUGCUUUGGCAAACAUGAGGAGAGGGAGAGAGUAUUUUCCAGGGAAGUAUAGAAUAUUAGGAUAAACUCUGCAAUUUUGACACUUUUGCAGAAGUGUCAAAAUGUCAGUUUCUGCAAAUCAGGUUUGUUUUCAGGGCAACCGUCCUGCAAAUGAAUCCAAUCCGAUGUGUGAAAACAUUAGUACUUGUUACAGUUGUUUUGCCUGUGUAUCAUAACAGUUAGACAUAUCAUUGAUACAUUAACUUGGUUAGAAAAUGUUUUAUUGUCUGUUUUACAAUUUUCAUGUGUUCAUAUUUGUCUUCUUUUAGGUUUAAUACCAGCUUAGAAAUCAUAACUCUUAUUAAGGGUUACUACACAAAAGUGAUUAAGCUACAUGCCAUUCUGUUUUUAAAUCAUCUUGCGCCCUAUUACAUGGAGUGUAGGAGAAAAAAAAACCCGUAAGAGUAUGAGAUUAAACUGGACCAUAGAGUGGUGUUUUGGUGACUGGGGUCUAUAUAAAUAUUUAAUUUGAAUUUUCUUUGUCAUAAUAAUGUGGUUGGUUUAUGCAGCAGCCAAUAUCCCAAGGACAAUGGGUUUUCAUUUCUUCAUGAAAGUGUAAUAGAUUUUGCACUUUGGGAUGAACUUUAAGUUUUUAUGCUUUAAACCUGAACUCACCAGUUCUGUUUGCAGGACUUUUAUGUUUCGGACCUUUUACCUGCUCACAUUGACAAACAUGAUUUUGAACUCCAUUGCCUUUUACUGCCCUAUCUCACCCAAAACUGCCUAUAAUGAACUAUACAGAUGCAGUCAUCGGACACUCCGGUCAACUUUAAGUGACCCUUCAGAUAACACUAUGAAAUAAAAAAAACCAAGCUUGGCAUAUGAGAACUGAUGUCAUAAAACUGAAAGGGGGAAAAAAAAAAAAAACCAGGAGCAGCUAACUGUAGAUGAUGAGCAUCAUGUUUUAAUUUUACAUUGUUGCUUUGAGUCUUGUUAAAUUUUGUGCACCCUGAUAGUUAUGCCUUCAUUUAUCUGUUGGUGACCCAAAUGUAUGAGAAACGAGCAGUAUUUUUAUAUUUAUGAUGUUCAGAUGCAUGUGUGAUGCGAUGUGUG